UUCCGCCAGAUUCUCGUCAACGCGCUGUUCCUUCACCUCAAUUUCUUCCAGCAUGAAACCCCACCCCCUCCAUUAUCCUAUUCUCCUCCCAAAACCCUACCAUCCCUUAUCCCCUCUCCGUCUCCGCUCACUCCGAAUCAUUUCCAAAAACCACCAAAGGCAAUAACAGCCCGAACAUUUGCAAUACUCUCUGCUCUUGUUUUGCUCUUAAUCCAACCAGCUUUUGCUCCUGCAGCUUUUGCAACGUUUCAAAAUGCUGCCAAGACCAGUGGCCCUGCUGCUGCAGCAGUUGGUGGAAAACUAAUCCGCACUGAGCUUCUAAGUAGUGCUUGGACUGGUUUCUUUGCCGGUUGCUUGCACACACUAUCAGGGCCUGACCACCUUGCAGCUUUGGCUCCAUUGUCAAUUGGCCGAACCCAAAUGGAGAGUGCUGCUGUUGGAGCCCUUUGGGGUUGUGGCCAUGAUGCCGGUCAAGUUAUCUUUGGCUUAAUAUUUUUGCUCUUAAAAGAUCGACUUCACAUUGAAAUUAUCCAAACUUGGGGCACCCGUGUGGUUGGCCUUACCCUGCUAGUAAUUGGUGCUAUGGGAAUUAAGGAAGCUUCAGAAGUGCCUAUCCUGUGUGUUGCCUUAGAAAAUGGUGAAUGUGAUGUUAGCGUCUAUGAAUCACGCGAUAGUAAUCCUGUUGUAGGAAAGAAGAAGAUUGGUUUUGCUACUUUUGCCACUGGAAUAGUUCAUGGACUGGAACCAGAUGCAUUGAUGAUGGUGUUGCCUGCCCUUGCUCUACCUUCACGCUUGGCUGGUGCUGCAUUUCUCAUCAUGUUCUUACUGGGAACUGUUGUUGCAAUGGGGAGCUAUACGGUAUUUAUUGGUUCAUGUAGCGAGGCACUAAAAGAUAGAGUACCUAGAAUAACUGAGAAACUCACUUGGGCUUCUUCUCUUGUUGCAAUAGCCCUCGGAUUUGCCAUCAUCACUAGCCAGUUUUUUGGGUUUAGCCUGUAUUAGUACCCACGUUAUUCAGCCACCAACCCAUGGCCCAUUAAUUGGUUAAUUAUACCCAAAUCAUACAAGACAAGGUCAGCAAGGGCAUAAAUGAAGAAAAAUCCAUUGAAAAGUUGUGCUUUUGCCAUCCUUCCUUUGGGAUGAAAAAAAAAAAAACCUACCAUUCCCUCUUAAUUGUGAAUGGCUAACUAUUACAGAAAUGUUUCUCAUUUCCUAGAAGUUCUAUCAAUUAUCAUAGAUGCUGAAAUAAUAUAUAUAUAUCAAAAAGCAUUAGAAACUUAGAGAUGGUGACAGGAAAACUUGUAGGUCGAACUAUUCAAGAGAGAUGGUGAAGAGAUAUCAUAUGCCAGCAAAAAAAGGGUUUUGCAUGAAGUUCUACUAGGGAUGAUUUCAAAUUUAGUCGGGCUAAUGAGUUAUUUCUUGGAAAUGUUGCAAAACACAAAAAACCCAACAUAGGCCUUAUUUAUGAACCCAUUUUCUAUUUCCUCUGACAUAUAUGACUCUACUUUGAACACUUGGAUUUCGUUCCAAACAUUAGAAAAUUUGACUAAAUCAAAUGAACCCAAUAUCUGCUGGGCUCAGCACUGCUUUGGUA